CCGGAAGUGGCGGCUGGGGCGGGAGCGCUGAGGUGUCGGCGGGCGGGGCAGCAGCAAAGAGCCGGGGGUCGGGGCGUUGGCCAUGUUUCCCUUCGGGCCCGGUAGCCCCGGAGGGGACUGGGCGGCCGGAGCCGGGGCUGAGGAGCCGGCACCCCAUGCGAGACAGGGGGGAGCUGCCGGGCCGCUCCCUUCUCCGCCUCCGUCGCUACAGCCGGGGGCUGACGCAGCCCCUCCCCCGUCGCCCUGCGGGAGCCCUCGCCGCCCCUGCGCCCCUUCGCAGCCCCAGGCUGGGCGCGCGGGGGAGCUCCGGCCGCCCGGAGCUCUAGAGUCCUCAGCCGCUUCCGCCCAGGGAGAGCAGUCACCGCCCUCCCCGCCGCGCCGGCAGCCCGGGCCUGACUGCAGGGCCGGGAGCCGGGGCCGGCACUGCCUCAGCGCCCGCCUGGGCGGCCCUGGCGCCCGGCUGUUCGGGUGGCUGAGAGAGCGCAGCCUGGGCCGCGGGCUGUUCGUGGAUCCGGCGCGAGACAAUUUCCGCACCAUGACUAACCUCUAUGGUUCCAUCCAUCCCGCGGACUCGGUGUACCUCAGCACCCGCACCCAUGGGGCCGUCUUCAACCUCGAGUACUCGCCUGACGGGUCAGUGCUGACAGUUGCUUGUGAACAGACUGAAGUUCUGCUUUUUGAUCCUAUAUCUUCAAAGCACAUAAAAACACUUUCUGAAGCUCAUGAAGACUGUGUAAAUAAUAUAAGAUUUCUUGAUAACCGGCUGUUUGCUACCUGCUCUGAUGACACUACAAUAGCACUAUGGGAUCUGAGAAAACUGAACAGCAAAGUAUGCACUUUACAUGGUCACACUAGCUGGGUGAAGAACAUCGAAUAUGAUACUAAUACAAGACUCUUAGUAACGUCAGGAUUUGAUGGAAAUGUCAUUAUUUGGGACACCAACAGGUGUACAGAAGAUGGGUGUCCACAUAAGAAAUUCUUUCACACACGUUUUCUCAUGCGAAUGAGAUUAACACCAGAUUGUUCCAAAAUGUUGAUCUCAACGUCCUCUGGAUAUCUCUUGAUUUUGCAUGAUCUUGACUUAACCAAGUCUUUAGAAGUAGGCAGCUAUCCCAUUUUGAGAGCAAGAAGAACAACGUCAAGUUCAGAUCUUACCACUUUGUCGAGUUCAUCUGGUCCUAGAGUUUCUGGUUCACCUUCUCAUCAUAGUGAUUCCAAUUCAUCUUCUGAGAAACACAUGUCACGAGCUUCACAAAGAGAAGGAAUUUCACCACGAAACAGUCUUGAAGUCUUAACCCCUGAAGUUCCUGGUGAGAGAGACCGUGGAAAUUGCAUCACAUCGUUACAGCUGCACCCAAAAGGCUGGGCCACUCUUCUUCGGUGCUCAAGCAACACUGAUGAUCAGGAGUGGACUUGUGUCUAUGAAUUCCAAGAAGGAGCCCCCGUGCGACCAGUCUCACCUCGCUGUUCUCUACGACUGACUCAUUACAUUGAAGAAGCCAAUGUAGGCAGGGGUUAUAUCAAAGAACUUUGCUUCAGCCCUGAUGGGCGAAUGAUUUCUUCCCCACAUGGCUACGGGAUUCGCUUGUUGGGAUUUGACAAACAGUGCAGUGAACUUAUUGACUGUUUGCCCAAAGAAGCCAGUCCCCUGCGGGUGAUCCGUUCUCUGUACUCUCAUAAUGAUGUGGUACUGACGACAAAGUUCUCUCCAACGCAUUGUCAGAUCGCCUCCGGGUGCCUUAGUGGACGGGUUUCUUUGUAUCAGCCAAAGUUUUAGGCACAACUUACAUCAAAUAAGGAACUCUUCUGGUGUUUGAAUUAUAUAUUACUUCAAUUUAGGUGAAGUAUUUUCUUUUUAGAAGAUCUUAAAAGUUUGGGUCAAGAUCCUAGUUCUUAUGGGUCCAUGAACACACCUGUGACCUGAGUACUUGGUCGUCCAGCAUCACAGGGGCAUCGCCAAGUUAGACUCCAGGCAGCACCAUCUUUUUGCAGCAUUCCUAGGCUCCUGCUGCUGAUCUGUGCCACUGAACUCCAGUUCUGCUGGUUGUUUUGCAUGGUAGCUCUUGUCAAAUUUCUUUCUUUUAAUUCUCUUUUCUGUUUUUUGAUUUUGGUGUGAAUUUUGUGGACAUUUGGCAGGAGUUUUGGUUGGAUUAGGAGAAACUCGUGAUGCUAGUGUUGAAUAAAACCCAGAAGUUUGAUGUUGGCAUACUGGUUGUUGAAAAGAAAUUUCAUCUUAUCAGUAUACUUGGCCUUUUAAAGUUGCUGUUGUUUCUCUAUAAUGAGCACAGAUAACGGCAUUAUUCUUACAGCUGUUAUAGUUUUGCAGCAAAAUGUCUUUUAAGUUUCCUGUUAAAAUUAUACAUAUUUUUCACCGUGAGAGGGAUUUUGUUGUGAAAUUCUAGAAAAAAAAUUACCACCUCUCUUUGUAGUUUAUUUGUAUGAAUUUUUAAAUCUGUAGCAUGUGUCCUUACUUGGUAUUUUGUUCCUGUCAACAGCAUUAGAAAGGAAAAGAGAAGGAAUGGGCUUUGGUCAUUUCUAUUGUAUAGAAGAGGAUUUAUUUAUUAGAUUAUACUCUCUAUCUGGCCACACAGUGAUGAGAACAAUGUGGCUUAGAUUUUCUGUUUCCUCUGCCAGAUUAUUUGAAUCACAGAGGAUGACAGGUGGAGGGAAAAUCGAGAGUAAAGACGUUGUGUUUUUCUCAUCUUCCUUGAGCUCAACUCUCUUACCAUUAAUGAAGGGAGAACUGUGAUUGUCUUCAAGCUGUUGUCAUAACUGUGGUGGUCCGUGACUUGGGUGUCAUGACUAAGACCUUUUGUUGUGUUUUGUUAUGGAACACAGCAAGUAAAAAGCAUCACGCCGGGGCCAGGCAUAAGGCUGACUACUCUGCUUUUUUGAAAAAAGUAAGCAGCUUUUUUCUAGUCUCCUCCACUUUGAAUGGGACUGUCCUUAGAAGAGAUUUGCCAGAGGCUGGAGUAAUUUGAGCCACAUGCUAGCUUUUUCCCUCUUAGAACACAUUCUCUUAGGCCAGUGGUUCUCAAACAUUAGGGUGCAUUAUAAUCACUGGGGAGCUUGUGAAAAAUAGAGAAACCUGGCCCUCACCUUAGAAGGUUCUGAUUCAGCCAGGGAGAGGACAGGAAUCUGUAUUUUUAACACGAACCCCAAGUAAUCUGUAUUCAGGUGGUUCCUGGAUCACAGCUUCAAAUAUUACUACCUUAAACAUCAGUAAAUAUUUCUGUACCCAUCAGGUGCUUAACACAGCUCCCAGAAGGUGUUUUGAUUAUUAAAAAAAUAAGCAAAUAAAAGCAAUUUUAGAGGUAGAAAGUAACUUGAAAUGGACUCAAUCUCGUUAUUAGAUGAAUGAGAGAAGUUAAGUGACUUGCCUAAAGUCAUCCUGCAAAAUUUGUGGCAGAGCCAGGACUUGAAUUCAAGUCUCUUAAUUCCUUGCUCAGGGCAAUUUCUACUGUAUUAUGCUGGCUGUUAAAACAAUGACUUAUGAACACUUUUUUUGUCUUUAAGUUGUAUUAUUGUGAAUACCUUUAAACUGGCCAGUAGAUUGAAAAAGGAAGGCAUGGGAGUAUCAAUGCUGAGAAUUCCAGCCAUAAGAAGAAAAGUGUUUUAAAUCUUAUAGAAAUGUUUAAGCAACCCAAAUACAUGAAUAAAAAUGACACUUUUUGUAGACCCUGCCAGACAGCCAUUCACACAUGUACAGAGGUUACAUCUCACUUGGAUAAUGUUGGCUCUGGGACAAAUUUUAAAAAUUAGAUUUUUCUUACCAUGGAUAUUAAAAAAAAAUUGGAAAUUUUUUAGUCAUCAAAAAAAGUACCCACAGGGCUUCCCUGGUGGCGCAGUGGUUGAGAGUCUGCCUGCCAAUGCAGGGGACACGGGUUCGAGCCCUGGCCUGGGAAGAUCCCACAUGCCGCGGAGCAACUGGGCCCGUGAGCCACAACUACUGAGCCUGCGCGUCUGGAGCCUGUGCUCUGUAACGAGAGGCCGCGAUAGUGAGAGGCCCGCGCAUCGCGAUGAAGAGUGGCCCCCGCUCCCCGCAACUAGAGGAAGCCCUCGCAUAGAAAACGAAGACCCAACACAGCCAAAUAAAUAAAUUAAUUAAUUUAAAAAAAAAAAAAAAAAAAAAAGUACCCACAGUGAAAACACAGGUUUGCCAUAAACUUUCUUAAAAACAAAUAUUUAAAAGAAAAUAAAGUUUUGGAGACAAAAACACCUAAUGUUGACAUUAAAAAUAAGCUACUAAGUACAAUGGUUGUAUUGAUAAUCAAAAGAAGUUUCCAUAUAUCGCAUCUCCUUGGGAGAGCGCUCCAUGUCAGAUGCCAGGCCCAAAUGUUGCCCAACUCUAAUAAAUUUCAGUCCAUGAUUCUAGAAUAUCUAUCAUGUGUCAAAUAAUGUACAUACUUUACUACUAACUCUCACAAAAACUGCAAGGUAGGUGGCAUGAGCACCAAUGUACUUUGGGGGAAAUGGAGGGUCAGAAAGGUUGAUUUGCCAUAGGUCACAGAGCUGGCAUGGGGUGGCAGCACUGAGAUUCAAACUCAAAGUUUGUUUUAGUUCCAAGCCUGUGCUUACUACUCUACCAUUUUGCCCUUUAGUUUGUAAAGGAUGGUAAACUGGCCUGUUAAUUUACUUAUUUAACACCCUCUGGAAGUGGUUUAUUUCAGAGCUGGCUCAUCUUCUGCACCAUGCAAAAGAACAUUUACAAGAUAGACAAUUUCCAUUAGAAUUAAUGCCAUAAACUGCAGGGCACACACACGGUCCGUUCCUAACUAAAAACCCUCAUGUAGGGUAAGUAGCUAUAAAAUAAAGAAAAAUGGAGGAUUAAUAGCCUUAUACAAAAACAGAGCCUCACAGAUAAGAAUUAAAAAUUAAUAGCAAACUCAACAAAACCUUUGUCCUCUCUGAGGUAUUGUCAUGAUUAGAAAGUCAUCAGGGGAUAUUUAUCAAGGAAUUAAGGGGCAUCAGGAAUGCCGUACUAUUGGAGGAGAUUACACUUAAAAUUUCAAGAUCCCAUUUCACUUAGUGUAUAAAAUCUAAUCUGGCGUUUUUAACUCUAAAAUUUUAUUUAGUCAUUUUUAUUCAUGAUAAUUGGUAAAUGUAUUAUAAUUGAUAAUAUAAUUGUUGGUAAGUAUAGUAUAAAUUAUACAUCUGUUUUAAAAAGCUUUCUGCAGAACAGUAUAUUUAUGGCAAAGCUAUGUUGAAUGAGCUUAAAAACAUCAAAUAUACAGUAGUUCCUUAUUUUCAAUUGUGAAAAUGAAGUGGCUGAUGCAGAAGAGACCUCUACUUUUAUCUUUUGAAAAUGUCUGUGGUCUUUUUUCUCAGAAGCCCAAAGAGCAUGUAUAUUUUGUUUCUCCUUGUUACAUCCCUGAGAAGAGGCUUUACCAAAAAUUUUAGGAAAACAAGCAUGGAAAAGGUAAAUCACAUAUUCCUCACUCCUAUGUCUAGAACCAAGAUCACAUCAUAUCAUUAAGGCUGUUUUCUAGAAAGUGCAAUAUAGCAAAAACGCUCUGAGACUCUUUUAGGAGCCUAGUGUUUCCCAUAUUAGAAUAUAUGGUGUUGGCAUCCAUAAGAAUCUGUUAAGCUUGUGUUUAACAGGAGAAAUGGUCUGAUAACUUACUGAUGACAAUCAUCCCCAUUUAAUGACCAGCAGUCACUGAGAGCUAAGAAAAUUCAGUAACACAGUGUUGGUCAUGAAGGAAAGCAUAUAUAUUAAUGUUGGGAUAAUUAAUGCAUAUAUCUUAAGUGCCAAAAUUUAAAACUUGUAAUUAUUUUUGAUGCAAGUCUUUCAGAUAUGUCAGUAUACCUACCCGCCUUCUUCUUAAACAGCAUGCUCAGUACAAUUCACUUUUUCAUGAUGAAAGUAAAAGUUAUAUUCAUGUGUUAUUACAAAUAUCUAAUGAGCUCUGAUGUAUGUAAAAUAAUUCAUAAAUUGUAAAGGGCUAUAACAAAUUGAUAUUAAUUAUUAUAAAGUGAUUCCCUCAGCCUUGAGGUAUAUAUAAUCAUUUGCCUCAGAUUCCUGGUGUGGUUUUUGUUUUUUUUAAUUUAAAAAAUUUUGUAUCUGCUAAGCAGUUUGUUUUGCUUAUAUAGUGGUCUCCUACCACACUAUCAAUAUACCUGCCUCUAACAGGCUCCCCACUUCCUUCUAAUGUGCUGUGUUCAUCUGUUAUGAGCUGGGACGUGAGAUAACCAAGCCUGCUUAGUUUCUAAUGGGCUGGAUGAGCUCUGGGUGCACAGUCUGUGAGACAGCUCUUUUGGUUGCUCACCAACUUCCUUACAGGUUCACAAUAACCUUCUGGAUAAUAGUUCCCAGUUAAAGCCCAAGCUAGUGAUUUUUUUCAGUUGCCACUAAGUAAAAUACUACAAGCUAAGGAUGCUGCUAGAUUAAGGAGAAGCAAUGUACCAAAGUACAAGGAAGCAAAAACAAAGGCUCUGUAGUUGCACAGGGGUCUUUCAUGCUUUUAAGAAAAAAGAAGACUGCAGAGGGAAAAAAAAACCAGUGAAAAUCCAGAUAGACUUAAGAGUAUUUUUGAUGCCAUUAAACUGUCAGUAAUUAUUAAAAUAUAUGGUUAAAAAAUAAAAUAAAAUAUAUGGUUAAAUUAUCACACAUUGUACAAAGACACAGUUAAGUCUCAGUGCAAAAUGAGAGUGUACCGAAAUUUAUACCCUGAACACAAUUCUUAAGAAUUUCUUCCAUUCAAAUGAUAAUGGAAAUUAUUAUCAAAAGGAAAGUCUCAAAUUUACCUGUAUGCUGCUUUUUUAGUUGUAAAUGAAUUAGUGAUAGAAAAAUGGGUUUUAUCAAAAGCUCCAGGGAAUACAUCUCACAUGCACACACCUCCUCUAUACAUGUGUAUAUAAAUGUCACUAUAAAUGAAAAUGCCAGAGAUAAUAAAAUAAUUUUAAAAAUUUAAAUCUGGUCCAAAGUACUUAAAAUAGAAUUUUCAGCUUUCCCGAGUUUUUUCCUCAUUUAGAUUUCAUGGUUUUUACAUUAGAAGUUGAAUAUUUGAAUUUUCUUUUAAAUUUCAUUGCACCUUCCAUUUCCAAAUUGUGCUUUCUGAUAAAUUUUAGAUUCACAUUUUCAGGACAUUUGGAGUAUUCCAGAUAAUAUGCCAGACACCAGAAAGUUUUCUCUCUAGAUUCUGAGGUGCUGUUUCUCACUAGAUUCUCAUGCCAGACUGUAAGCUCCUUGAGGGCAGGGACUCUUAUUUAUUCUUCUAUUCCCAGUGCCCAGCAGGAUCAAUAAAUUUUUGUUGAAUGAAUCAAGUGAAUCUUCACCAUAUGUGGCCUCAAAUUUCCAUGAAGCCAGAAUUGUGAUGUGCAAAUUAUUCAGUACUACAGGAAUCCAUCAUUUAUUAUAAUGAACAGACUAUUCAUGGGAGUAAGAUUUUGUUCUGACCAUAGGUCAGAAAAACUAAGCACUUCUCAUUGAUUUGGAAAACUGCCAAGACUCAGUUUUUCAUUCAACAAACAUGUGACUCCCUACUAGAUGCCUAGUCUAGAGUUCAAGGGACAAAGAUAACUAAGGUUUUAGUAUUCCUAUAACUGCAGUUGAUAUAGACUUAGAUGCAGGGCUGGCUUCAUGGGUAUGUGACCUAUGUAGUCAUUUGAGGGCCUGCACUGAGAAAAGCCCCAUGCUUGGUUUAAUGCUCUGCUGAAGCCAUCUUGAAAUUCUUAAUUGCAUUAUAGUACCUUUUACCUACCUUCUAGUAAAGAUAUUCACAUUCAUUGAAAACUAGCCAUAAAGUGAAUGAUUUAGUAAAAUAACUUCUAAAAUCUAAAACUGAAACAAAACUACCUCCCUCCCACAAACUUUUUUAACAGAUCAAAUGUUCUUUAUUUCAGAAUUAGAAAAGCUUUCUAAAAAUGUGACAAGUUUUUACCUUUUCAAUUGAGUUGUUUUUCAAAUGGAUGGUAGAAUUGUAGGUGAAUUUAUCUACAUACAUACCUACAUACAAUUUUAAGGUUUUAAUAAACCUUUUAUUAAUAUAUGCACUGAA